AUGGUCAAGGUUCAGAGUUCCUCUAUGUUUUUAUUUUGGUUUCUGUUGGAAUGCCUACUUCAUAUCUGCUUACCUUACACAGAUGGGAAAGCAAUGGACUCACCAGGGAGUAGACAGUUACAAAGAUCAAAAGCUCUUGUGGAAGAACCCAGAGACCUCAUUUCAGUACUUCAUUCAACCCCAGGAACCUCAAAAACAUCACAGACUAGUGAUACACCUGAGCCUUCAGAGACAACUCAUGAGUUCACGGCACCUUCUGCAGUCCUUAGAUCCAACUCUUGGAAAGCAGCAGCAAUUCCACGUAGACCUGGUCUUGUUCAUGUAAUUUCAAUUUCUAGUAUAGCCUUUGCCAUUGCCCUGAUAUGUGGACUCAUAAUCUCCUAUAUGAUAUAUCGGCUGGUAAAAGCUGAGGAACAACAGCAGCUUGCAAUGUUGUAUGAAAAGGUCGAGAUUCCCCUUUUAGAUGAGAAGGAGGUCUCAGAAGAUGAAGGCCAGGAUGAGUCUUCUAAACGACAGCCAGAGAAUGAGGAGCUGGGGAAGUUCAUCGGCUCAGUUAUUAGGACAAAAAGAAGGGAAAAAAUUUUGAAGAAGAAAGUGAAGGGGGAGCAAAAUCUUCUGCAGGAAAAUACAUCAGAGAGUUCCAAUUAUACUGAAAAAGUGGAGAGUCAUGACAAAAUGGAAAAGGGUGAGAGCAGUGAGGAUCUGUGA